AAAAAGCAAAUAGUGAAGCUAUGAAUUUAGGCGUUCCAAAUAUUGCGGAUGUUGGAAUAUCAAGAGAUACCAAUAAAAUGAUAGGAAAUUCAAAUGAUUAUAGAUCAAAUUGUGUUGAGUUCAUUGGAGGCAAACUUGUUUGCCUUAAAGAUUUCAAUGAAACUGCCUGGGCUAAGUCGUUAGAAGAUUAUAAUAAUUGGGAUUGUGUAGAAUUUCGAAAUCCUAUCAGUGUCUUUAAUUUUUUAUCCGGUGAUAAACAGCGAGAAAUAUAUGUUUUGCUUGGAAAAAAAAUUCUUUAUUCGAAAACGGAAACUUACGAUUGUUCGUUUGACAGAGGUAUACCAGUAACCUUCAAAUUAAAAAGCGAUGCAAAUAUUUCAAAAAUCCUUCAAAAUAGAGAUGCAGAUUGUAACAUUUUUGCAACAGUUGUUGAUGAUGAAGAAACAAAUAAUGAACUCUUUAAUUGUCAAAUAUUAUGGCCGCAAGAUUAUGAACCAAAACUUAUAAUUCAUUGUAUUCAAGAAAAUUUUAGAAAACAUGCAUGUAAAUUGAAAAUCAGUUGGAUGGUUAUUGGCUAUGACAUAUAUUUUGAUUCUUUACUUUCAGAAUCUGAUGUUCAAUUGAAAGUUCUUAAAUAUGAUUUUAAUACAAAAAAGAAUCAACUUAUGUUGAAUAAGAUAUUACCCAUCAAAAAUGUUCCCCCUUGUAUUGGAAUUCCCGUAUUCAACAAAUCAGAAAAUUCCUUUAUUAUUGGUCAUCAUUUUUAUAAGUUUCAAGACAGAAAUGUUCUAUUCGCAUUUGCUUAUUGUCUAAAAAACAAAUGUUAUGUUAAAUUACCACAAAAAUUUAUUUUUUAUACCCUUUUUUCUAACGCUUAUGAAUCACUUCCUUUGAAAGUUAGAAAAUGUUUUUUCUUAUUUAAUAGAAGUCCAUUUGUCGAUAUUGAAGAACUUACUCCAAAAUUUCCAAAUCCAAAAUAUGUUA